AUGUAUUCAGGGCAAUUGCUCAGCAGCACGCUACAAAGCAAGAUCAGCUAUCUUAUCCAAAAGACGGCCUUGUAUGGCACCUGCAUUCAACAACAGCCUCACAGUAGCCAUAUACAUGCUGAUGAUUUUGCUUCAAUGCUAAAGCACUCCAGUAAAAAAGGGAUGCAGGUUACUUGGAUUGGAUUUGUCUCCAAUGUUGGACUGACAGUAUCAAAAGGGGUUGCAGGCUGGUUUAUGAACUCGGCAGCACUAUUGGCGGAUGCAUCUCACUCGUUCAGUGAUCUUCUGAGUGAUUUUGUUACAUUGUAUACGUUCAAAAUGUCAAGGAAAGUACCAGACAGCACAUUUCCAUACGGAUAUGGCAAAUAUGAAACGAUAGGAUCAUUAUCUGUCUCGGCCAUACUAGUGGCGGGGAGUAUCGGUAUUAGUAUGCAUUCAUUUGAUCUGCUGUUGGAUAUAUGGAGCCAUCAUCACAGCCAAGCAGCUCAAGCAAUGAGUGCUACAGUUGCAUCAACGGUGACAACAGCAUCCGGUCAUGCCAAUCAACAACAGAAUAUACUAGAUCCCAAUGCUGCUUGGUUUGCAUUAGCGAGUGUUGGCAUUAAAGAGUGGCUAUACCGUAUUACUCUCAAAGUGGGUCAAAGUGAGCGCAGUGAUGUCCUAGUUGCAAAUGCAUGGCAUCAUCGGUCAGAUGCUUAUUCUAGUUUCGUUGCCCUUGUAGCAAUAGGAGGAUCUUAUGCUGGAAUGCCUAUCUUUGAUCCAUUGGGAGGAAUUGUCGUUUCAGGAAUGAUAUUCAAGAGCGGGGUAGACAUCAUGCGACAAUCUACAAGGGAACUGCUCGACAAAAGCAUAAGCGAGACUGAACUGGACGAAAUCAAGUCCAUUGUCGCCUCCGUCAAGAACAAAGAAGCUGACCUGCUGGAUUUCUACUCUAUUCGCGGUCGAAAAUUUGGUCCAUUCCAUCAUCUGGACCUUGUUAUUCAAUUGAAUCCUCACUUAUCCAUCACCAGAGCUCACGAUAUCGAGCAAAAAGUGAGAUUAGCGAUCAAGCAUCACUUCAGCCACGUCCAGGAAGUGAUUAUCCAUAUAGAUGCUGAGAAGCAGCCUAGACAUUUUUAA